AUGUCGUCGCAUACGAGUAAUGAUGAGUUCUUCACCAAGCUGGCAUCUCUCCUUGAGACGCGCCAACAGAAAGGUCACGGCAGCAUCUUCUUGACACAGAAGCGAUUAACACAUGAUGAAUCCACUUCCUCCAAGCCUGCCGACUCCCCUCUCGCCGACCUCGAACCUCCAUCAGCACCUCUACCCAUCCUCAUCCGCGCAACAGACGGCAACUCGCAGACCAAGGAUCGCAAGAAGUCAGAGAAGAUCAAGCUUAGCACGGUUGUGCAACCGGACAAUUUGGAAUCCUUCUACACACGCUAUGCCGAAAUCUGCAAACAAGGCAUGCAAGCCCUCAAGAAGAGAGACCGUAGCAAGAGGAAGAAGCAGAAGCAAGGAAAGAAGAAGGCCCAGGACGACAAGAAAUGAGGGCUUGUGGUCUUUACUGGAUGUUAACGAGUAAUGACGCUUGUCCACUCAAAAUAAUCGCUGCACCAUUUGCGAACUGCAUUGCCCACCCGGACCGCUUUGCUUGGAGUUUCAACGGCGGUCCUGGAGCCUAACAUGCUCACCGAAUGCUUGCACUCUGAUCAAAUUCGAGGAAAAGGUCGACGAUCGGAGAGAGUCCUGCACCAGACUCGGCAAAGGUACAGAAGCCUUUGUACGCUGCACACCAGCAGAACAACUACCUGCUUAGCACAAAAUGACGAAUCAAUUCUCAAAUCUACAGCUUCAGCAAUUGCGCUC